UGUUAAUUGGUCUUUGUGAUGAAAGCAAGGUUUCUAAGUUCACCAGAGACAAAUAACUGUCUACGAUAUGCGAGUGAUUGGAAGCGGACAUUUAAAUCUCUGAUCAAUGUACUUAUCACAACAUUGAUUUACAACGUUUGGUGGAAGACGAAGUGACAGUUCUACAACUAAGUCUUAAGUCAAGAAACUAUAAAAUUAAAACCACAGACGUGAAGAAUUGCCAUGGAAACUAAUGUUAAAACAUUUCACCAGUGUGUUGUGUGUGAUGAGAUUUUUCAACAACUUGAUGAUUUAGAAAAUCACAAUAAAAUACAUGUUAAAGAAGAGAAAUCUGAUGAUGUAGAUGGAUACUGCCAUGUUAAAGAAGAGAAAACUGAUGAUGUAGAUGAAUACUGCCAUGUUAAAGAAGAGAAAACUGAUGAUGUAGAUGAAUAUUGUCAUGUUAAAGAAGAGAAAACUGAAGAUAUUGAAACAGUUCAUCAGUGUAAUUUAUGUAAAGAAGAAUUUAAAUCGGAUACUGAUUUAGAGAAACAUUGUGAAUUACAUGUUGAAGAAGAGAUGAAAGCUGAUAAUGAUAGUGAUGUAGGCCUACAAUCAGCUGACAGUCAUGCUGUAGCAAAACGUUUUAAAUGUGAUGUUUGUAGUAAACCGUUUCGUCAUAAUACUGACCUACAAAAACACAUGAGAAUUCAUACAGGUGAAAAACCUUAUAAAUGUGAUGUUUGUAGUAAAUCAUUUAUACAGCGUAUUCAUCUAUAUAGUCACAUGAAAAGCCAUACUGGAGGGAAGCCUUAUCAAUGUGAUGUUUGUAGUAAAUCAUUUCUUUAUGAUGGUGGCCUACAAAACCACAAAAGAAUUCAUACUGGUGAAAAGCCAUAUAAAUGUGAUGUUUGUGGUAAAUCAUUUCUACAGAGUAGUCAUAUAUACAGGCAUAUGAAAAUCCAUACUGGCGAGAAAUCUUAUCAAUGUGAUGUUUGUAAUAAGUCGUUUAGUUUUAGCCAAGGUUUGCAAUAUCAUAAGAGAACCCAUACGGGCGAAAAACCUUAUAAAUGCGAUGUUUGUAGUAAAUUAUUUUCAAGUUCUGUUGGUGUACAGCAACACAUGAGAAUUCAUACUGGUGAAAAACCAUACAGAUGUGAUAUUUGUAGUAAAUUAUUUAGACAAAGAUGUAGUCUACUGAAACACGUGAGAACUAAUUGUGGAUCAUUAACACAGAAAACUAAACUUCAGAAACCGAAAAAAACUCCUACUGUAAAAAAAACUGUUAAAUGUGAUGUUUGCAAUAAGUCAUAUAGUGAACAAAGUACUCUACGGAACCACAUGAGAAUUCAUACGGGUGAAAAACCGUUUCAGUGCGGUGUUUGUAGUCGAUUAUUCACAGAGAAAGGUUCUUUGCAGAGACACAUGAAAAUCCAUACAGGGGAAAAACCCUAUACAUGUGAUAUUUGUAAUAAAUCAUUUCCCAUACAAGGUAAUCUUCGUCGACAUUUGAGAACUCACACCGGUGAAAAGCCUUUUAAAUGUGAUGUUUGUAGUAAAGUAUAUACUGAACGAGGUAGUCUACGGAAACACAUGAUAGUUCAUAUGGCAGAAACCUCAUAAAUGUGAUGUUUGUAGUAUUAAAUCAUUUACUGGAAGCACAUGAGAAUUCAUAUUGGACUGAAACCCAUUUCAAUGUGAUGUGUGUAGUCAUUUAUUCACUCUGAGAAAGAUACUGUUCAGAAACAGAUGAGAACUCGUACUGGAUAAAAAACUUUUCAAUGUAAUGUGUUUUGUAAAUCAUACACGAAACGAUAAUCCAUGUGGGAGAAAACGUAUAAAUUUGAUGUUUGUACAGACACAGGAUAAUCCAUAUGGGAUAAGCCUUGUGAAUGUUAUGUUUAUAGUACAGUCGUUGUUUUUUAAGGCGAGCUAUUGCUCUUGAGCACCUGCUGCUUACCUGAAUGUCGAUCGACAGGGUUUUUUUUUCCCUCCCCUUAUAACUAACUGAAAAUCGCUCUCCUUUACAUAGUCAUUGGGGGUUUAUUAUCAUUUAUGAAACCAGGAAUGACCCCAUUACAUGCAGUUAUUGAUCUUUGAAACAUUUCCCAUUCACAUACAAUGUAACUAAUCACUCUCCUUAAUAUCAAAUCACUCUCCUUAAUUUCUAAAUCAUUUUUAUCAAAACUGGGAGAGUUUUUAGGGGGGAGCGAUUUUUUCAAUUCGUUGAUUGAGGCGAGCUUGUUUUUUGGCUCUCCUCUGAAAUACAAACAACGACGACUGGUAGUACUUUUAGAAAACAUACUGAUGAAAAACCUUUUAUAGUUCGAUCACUAUGGUUUUCCUUGUUGUGUAAAGAUAAGAAAUUAGAUUUAAUGAUAUCAAAAUAAGGAAUUAUGAUAUUUAAUGAUAUAAAAAUGUUACCAAUUAAAAUCCGGAAAAAUAUGAAACAUACAGUCAAUUUCUUAUUUAAAAUGUUGAUUUUGUGCAUACAUGUAAGAAUUUUUUUUUUUUAUAUUUUUAUAGAAAAAUCCUUUAGAAAAACUAUAUUUCGAUCAUUUAGGUGAUAAAUCGCAAUAUUAAUAUCCUUGUUGUGGAAACGUAAUGAAUUAUAUUUCAUUUUUAAUAUUUAAUAUUAAAUGAUAUGGAAAUAUUACCAGGACUUCCACUUCAAAAUUUUCACUAUCAGUCAAUUUUUGAUAAAACACGAGGAGCCAAGUUUAUAAACUCAGUAUUAUUCACAGUCUUCAACAUUGCAAACACGCCUUAUUGGCCAGUGGGAAUCAACAUUGAUGUGGUUAUCUUACCAAGAAAAGAUAGGCUUCUGAUAUCCAAUAUUUAAGACAAAAUCAACAUUUUAAAGUAGAAUGCUAUAGUAAAAGUUUAUUUUUUAUCAUUUACAAUUAGUUCAUUGAUGACAAAUGAUUCUCGAUAACUUUUCGCUUCAUUAUUGAUGUUCACGCUUCAUUGGUGAAAAUAUAUCUUUUUGCUUCAUUUAUUGAUGUUCACACUUCAUUGGCGAAAAUAUAUAAGAGAAAAACUGUUAAUUGCAAUACCUUUACCCUAACCAUAAUUUAAUACAGUAUUGCAUGCUCUGGCCUAUUUUCUUUAUGCAAAAACUGAAAAACGAGGGUCACGUAUAGCUGGCCUAUUGUUGAAAAAAUAUCUAUCACGCUCAUUUACCUAGUUAAAUCUACAUGUAACAAACUUCCUACAUAUAGAACUAUCUAUGAUCAACUGCAAAAUCAUCAGCAUAGGCCUACUACUGACUCCGGGUCCUCCGGUUUGCUCCCACUGCUAAAGACCCCUACGCACAGGCAAAUUAUUGAAAUAAAAUUAAACCAUAUGUUAGUCCCGAAAUGAACUAGUUUGUGUCGAGUGGACGUUAAACCCCAUUUAUCUCUCUCUCUCUCCAACCACUGAUGUGGCAGAUGCUUCGAAAAGAGGAGAUUAAUUUACAUUAGUACAUGUAUUUAGGCUACCUAGCUGUGUUGUUUACAUUUUGUUGCUAUGGUUACAUCAGUCAUUUCUAUUGCUAGAUUUUGAAAGCGUGUCAGUUUAACAAAAGAACUACAUGUCCAUGUAUGCACAGUUUUAAAGGGGCUAAGUCGCUAAUAUUUGGGACCUAGAAAUUGACACAAAAGGGUCGCAACGCAUACAAUAAUGUAAUAUGAAUGUAUAUAAAUAGAUUUAUAUUCAAUCGUUUCUGUUUUUACUGUAAUUUCUAAUCAGUUAGGUUCGGCGACAUACGCCAGUAUUCUCAAUCGAAUUUCAAUCUCUAGCUUCUGGUUAUUCCAGUCUACGCCGAUAGUAUUUAUUUGGAAUGCUCUCCAGAUAAGAAUAUAGCGUCACCGUUUGACAUGACUUGUGGAAUAUGCCUAGCCUCGUUUUUCGAGUCCCUUAUUACAAAUAGCGUUGAAACGCAUUAUGGUACACGAUUCAUGUACCAAUUGUAAAAUGUUUAUUUUGUUUUAAAUAUUGGAUAUCAGAAGCCCA